CCAAUUUUUUAUUUAUUAAUUAUUUAUUAUUAUAGUUUUAUAGUUAAUUUUUUUAUUUUUAUUAUAGUUAAAAUUAAUAUAAUAAAUAUAGAUGCUUAUCCUUUAUUAAUGGAGGUAAACUUUAUGGGUUUGUUUAAAAAAAAAAAAAGAAGGAAGAAUUUGAUUACAUGCGUCUGUACCAGUGGCGUCUAAAAGAGGAAUACGAAUCAGGGAAACCCGAUGAGAUAACUACUAGAGGUCAAUCUAUAUCGAUGUCUGCUGAUAAAGCCAGAAGAGUAAUUGAUCAGAUUCGUGGGCGUUCCUACGAAGAAACCCUUAUGAUAUUAGAACUUAUGCCCUAUCGAGCAUGUUAUCCUAUUUUUAAAUUGAUUUAUUCUGCAGCAGCAAAUGCUAGUCACAAUAGAAAAUUUAACAAAGCGAACUUAAUUAUUAGUAAAGCUGAAGUUAAUAAAGGCACUACCAUGAAAAAAUUAAAACCGCGAGCUCGCGGACGUAGUUUCAUGAUAAAAAAACCUACUUGUCACAUAACUAUUGUAUUAAGAGAUACAAGCUUCUUUGAUGGAUAUGAAAAAUAUAUAGAAAGUUUAAUUCCAGAUGAUAUAUUAACUUUGUUCCGUGUUAUGCCUUUAGGUAGGCGAGUAGAACUUUUUUCUGGUCGUUAUCUGGAUAAGUUUAAAUUAAAGUCUAUGUUUUACCGUCUAGGUAUAUUAUAAAGUAAGUAUAGUGGGGUAAUAUGGGACAAAAAAUAAAUCCACUUGGUUUCAGACUUGGUACAACCCAAAGUCAUUAUUCCCUUUGGUUUUCACAACCAAAAAACUACUCAGAGGGUCUACAAGAAGAUCAAAAAAUAAGGGAUUGUAUCAAAAAUUAUAUACAAAAAAAUACAAAAACAUCCUCAGGUGUCGAAGGAAUUGCACGUAUCGAAAUUCAAAAAAGAAUCGAUUUGAUACAGGUGAUAAUUCAUAUGGGAUUCCCGAAGUUAUUAAUAUAAAAUAGACCAAAAGGGGUUGAAGACUUAAAAAUAAAUGUCCAAAAAGAAUUGAAUUGUGUGAACCGAAAACUGAACAUUGCUAUUACAAGAAUUGCAAAGCCUUAUGGAGACCCUAAUAUUCUUGCCGAAUUUAUAGCCGGACAACUAAAGAGUAGGGUAUCAUUUCGAAAAGCAAUGAAAAAAGCUAUCGAAUUAACUGAACAAGCUGAUACAAAAGGAAUUCAAAUACAAAUUGCAGGCCGUAUCGAUGGAAAAGAAAUUGCACGUAUCGAAUGGAUAAGAGAGGGUAGGGUUCCCCUACAAACCAUUCAUGCGAAAAUUGAUUAUUGUGCCUAUACCGUUCGAACUAUCUAUGGGGUAUUGGGUAUCAAAAUUUGAAUAUUUAUAGACGAAGAAUAAAAAACCUUUAGUUGACUUGUCUUUCUGUUUCGAUGGAACGAUGGAACAAAAAAAUGGCAACCCUUUUUGAUUCUUUUUUCCAUCCAAUCAAUUCUAAUUUUUAAUCCCAUAAGGUUUAAUAAAAAUAAAAUUUACCUUUUGAUAUAAUUGCUAUGCUUAGUGUGUGACUCGUUGGUUUUUGUUAAAAUUAAGACUAAAAAAAGAAAGUUAUAGUACCAAGUAUGAACUAAAAAUUAUAGAACUAAUAACCAACUCAUCGCAUCACAUUAUCUGGAUCCAAAGAAACAGUCAAGAUAUACUAUUUUAGUCCUAUCAUUGUAGCAACUGAAUUUUUUUGACAUAAACAAUUCAUUAGAUUUACUGUCAAAGAAAAUUAAAAUACAAAAAAGAAAAAAGGAUACCGGUAAAUGGAAAGAUGAGAGAAAGAAAAAAAUGAAUCUAAUAUAAAAGAUAUAUAAUUCCAAUAUGUAAGGUCUUUGAACAUCUCAUAAAAGAAAAUGUAAUUAAAGCAUCAAUACAGAUUCAAACAAAAUUAUAUGAUAUGAAUCUGUUCUAUAGAACAAAAAAAUAAGAGCUUAGAGCCAAUAACGACUAAGGGGGUUGGUGGAAAAACAAAAGCUCCAUUGUAGAAU